UUCCGAGCCUUCGAACUCUAUUAUCCGUUGCUCUUAUUUAUCCUUCAAGCCUAAGCACUUGUUCUGCAUUCACCACACCUUCUUUUCUUUCCUUCCAUGCAAGCAAAACAACACUCUUUUUUACAGUGAAAGAAACCCAGCUGAAUUGAGUUGUGUUCCUGUAUUGUAUAGUGGUUCAGAUUUUCAUGAUGUUGUCUGCAAAAUCUGAAUCGGAUAUCACAAGUUUAGCUCCUUCUUCACCUUCGAGGUCUCCAAAGCGUCCUGUGUACUAUGUGCAAAGUCCUUCGAGGGAUUCUCACGAUGGAGACAAGUCAUCUUCAAUGCAGGCUACUCCAAUAUCAAACAGUCCAAUGGAGUCUCCUUCACACCCUUCGUUUGGGCGUCACUCUAGGAACUCUUCUGCGAGCCGUUUUUCAGGGAUUUUCAGGUCAUCUUCUGGAAGGAAAGGUAGCAGGAAGAGAAAUGAUAAGGGGUGGCCUGAGUGUGAUGUGAUUUUGGAAGAAGGUUCUUAUCAUGAGUUUGAUGACAAGGGUUUCACAAGACGCUUCCAAGCAUUGAUUGCCGUGUUUACCUUUGUGGUUGUUUUCACUGUGUUUUGCUUGAUCAUCUGGGGUGCCAGCAGACCUUAUAAAGCAGAAGUUAGUGUCAAGAGUUUGACGGUGCACAAUAUGUACAUUGGAGAGGGUUCAGACUUCACAGGUGUGAUCACAAAAAUGAUGACAGUAAAUGUCACUUUGCGCAUGAGCAUCUAUAACCCUGCUACGUUUUUUGGAAUUCAUGUGCACUCCACACCCAUCAAUCUUGUCUUCUCAGACAUCACAGUUGCCACAGGCCAACUGAAGAAAUACUAUCAGCCAAGAAAAAGUCACCGCAUUGUAUCAGUGAACGUAGAGGGUGCAAAGGUUCCUCUCUAUGGUGCUGGAUCCACCAUAGCUGGUGUUGAAGUUCCACUCACAUUGAACUUUGAAAUCCGAUCACGUGGCAAUGUGGUUGGUAAACUGGUGAAGACAAAGCACCAUAAGCAAAUCACUUGCUCCUUGGUCAUCAACUCUUCCGGAUCAAAACCUGUCAAAUUCAAAAGGAAUUCAUGCACCUACGAAUGAUGAAUGUUCAUUUUCAUACAGUUGUAAUCUGUUUUGAAACUGUACCUUAAAAUUGCAUAAUCUAUGGUCUGUGCCUGGCUUCAGAUUAGAAGGUUCGUUUGGUUUGCAAGAGAUGUAAUAUAUGCAGAUGAGAAAAUACUUUACAUACAACCAUUGCCCUGAAUCCCUUCUGUAGUUUACUGUCAUGAGCAUUGUGCCAAUAAAUGCAUGUAAAUUUGAA